AAUUUUCCGAAAUAAUAAUAAUUAGAAGCAAAACGUGGCUCAGACCGGAAAAAAAAAAGAAGCAAAACGUGCCGGGGUGAUUUCGUCAAAACAGGGAUUGGGGGUUCUGUAAUUCUUCCUUAGGGCUAGGGCGGGUCACAAGGCCAAAAAACGCAAAAGUUUUGCGUCAAACACUGCACUGCAACAGUCCCUUGUUUCUUUGCCGCUCAAUCUUACGCAGAGGCACUGCGUGAGUUUGUGAACUGAGCUGGGAGGUAGACGGAGGCAGGAAAAAUGGAUGCAGAUGCUAAGGACGAAGGUUACAAACUUCCACCAGAUUUUCACGAAAAUACUAAAGAAGCACUUGUCGAUUUCACUGUGACCGACUCCACAGAGCUUUGGCUCAUUGAUUUGCCUAAAGAUCAAAAUCCUGAUUUUAAUGGUGUAGAACUGUCGCUCAAGCUUCAUAAUGAUGGAACGUUGGGCAGUUUUGAGGCUCCGUCCGGGAAAGAAUAUGAAGUGGUCAGUAGUGCAGCUGAGCAAAAGGCUACAGUUUUUGUAUCUUCUGCAUCGGGCACAAAAAUUGCUGGGAAGAUUUCACGGAGAGUUUCUUUUGUGCAUUACCCAGAGCCUAGUGAGCUCAAAGAAAGACUAAAUUCCAAAAGAUUGAAAAAAAUGUAUCAGGAAUUACCGUCUGGAGUGUUGACCCAAUCUUCCAACAAUUUUGCAACUCCUACACGAAGUUCUGUGCCGAGAAACUCACAAUCAGCAGGUGGACGUUCAGCCUCCACUCAUAGUAGCAGACCUAAAAGUUCCAUACAUAGUGUUGGCGAGCAAUCACAACAUCGAAAGAAAAGGCAUACACCCGAACCUAGUAGGUCCAUGAACCGGUCUUCCCAAAACUCAGGACGAGGUAGUGCAGUCAGUUCCUUAGGACAAGGUAAUAGUGGAAUCAGUUCCUUAGGACAAGGUCACAGUGCAUCUAAGUCCUCAGGACAAGGUCAUCAUAGUGAAUCAAGGAAGAAAGUAAAAGAUGAGAAUUGACAUCCCUAUCCGAGGGUUGGAAACACCUCCUGCACAAUGGAUCUUGAUGGAGGAUGAAGUAAUCAGUCCUCUGUAUUGCUUUUCGGUUCGGCUGGACACUUGAAGCAGUUUUACAAAGUGCCAAACCGUUUGUGCUAUCCUGGCUUCUUGAUUAUAUAAAGCUUUUAGUUAAAUUUGUUUCUGGGAUAUUUUAGUUGAAAAUUUAUUCCAGGAGAACACAUACAUCAAUUAUUCGCUCUACUGGUUUAAUUUUAUCUGUCUCGAUUCUUCAUUCCCAAUUUCAAAUUUCUCUCUUAAUUGGU